CGCCGCAGCUACCGGGAGCCGACGCGGGAGGGCCGCCGGCGCCGGGGCCUGGACUCGGGGACCCGACUGCUUCCCGCGACCCUUUGUCCCUUCACCCGAGUGAGCGCGCUCAGGGUAGCUGCAAAGCCGGAGGUGCGGGCGGCCCGGGUCAUUGCAUUGGCACGGAGGCUGUUAUUCUAAGCCGGAGACCUCAGGUGUCCUCCUGUCAUGACAAGGAGCCUUCGUCUUUAGGACUACCAGCCAGACUCCCAGAAAUCAUGUUGGUAGGAUCCCAGUCUUUCUCGCCUGGAGGGCCCAAUGGGAUCAUCAGGAGCCAGUCCUUUGCGGGGUUCAGUGGCCUUCAGGAGAGGCGAUCCAGAUGUAACUCCUUCAUUGAAAAUCCCUCUGCUCUCAAGAAGCCUCAGGCCAAGCUGAAGAAAAUGCACAAUUUAGGAUACAAAAACAGCAGCCCUCCCAAAGAGCCUCAGCCUAAAAGGGUGGAAGAGGUCUACAGGGCUUUGAAAAAUGGACUUGAUGAGUAUCUGGAGGUUCACCAGACAGAGCUGGACAAGUUGACAGCUCAGUUAAAAGAUAUGAGAAGAAACUCUCGCCUGGGUGUGCUGUACGACCUAGACAAGCAAAUUAAAACAAUUGAAAGAUACGUGAGACGCCUGGAGUUUCACAUCAGUAAGGUAGAUGAACUCUAUGAAGCUUACUGUAUCCAAAGACGCCUCCAAGAUGGUGCCAGCAAAAUGAAGCAAGCCUUCGCAACGUCCCCUGCCAGCAAAGCUGCCCGGGAGAGCCUGUCAGAAAUCAACCGGAGCUACAAAGAGUACACAGAGAACAUGUGCACCAUUGAAGCAGAGCUGGAGAAGCAGCUGGGGGAGUUCUCCAUCAAGAUGAAAGGUCUGGCUGGUUUUGCUCGCCUCUGCCCUGGAGAUCAAUAUGAAAUUUUCAUGAAGUAUGGCCGACAGAGGUGGAAACUGAAAGGCAGAAUAGAAGUAAAUGGCAAACAGACCUGGGAUGGAGAAGAAAUGGUGUUCCUGCCCCUGAUAAUUGGAUUAAUUUCCAUCAAGGUCACAGAACUCAAAGGGCUAGCAACUCAUCUCCUGGUCGGCAGUGUGACCUGCGAGACCAAAGAGCUGUUUGCAGCCCGACCUCAGGUGGUGGCUGUGGACAUCAAUGACCUUGGCACCAUCAAACUCAACCUGGAAAUCACCUGGUAUCCGUUUGACGUGGAGGACAUGACCCCAUCCUCAGGCGCUGGGAACAAGGCAGCCGCCCUCCAGAGAAGAAUGUCCAUGUACAGCCAGGGCACCCCAGAAACGCCCACCUUCAAAGACCACUCCUUCUUUUCGAAUCUACCUGAUGACAUCCUUGAAAAUGGGAAGGCAGCUGGGGAGAAAAUGCCACUGUCCCUCAGCCUCAGUGACCUGCCCAAUGGGGACUGCACCCUCUCCCACAGCCCAGGCGGCCCUCUCCCCAGCGCGUGCUCGGCAAAUCCAGAAAUCACCAUCACCCCCGCAGAUCUGAACCGCGACAGCCCCUCCUCCCAGAAUGAGGGCCUGGAUGACUCCAGCUCGGCCUCUUCCAAGAGCUCCUUGGGAGAAGGCUCAGAGCCCAGGCCCUUCCGGGAGGAAGAGACCGAGGGGCCCGGGAAACCCGAGGCCUGCAGAGCACCCGCGGGUGCCCGGACGGAGCGCCUAUUCCUGGGGAAGGGUGUCGCAGAGGCCCUUCUGCAAGAGUCUGACGAGGCCUCUGAACUCAAGCCCGUGGAACUGGACACUUUUGAAGGAAACAUCACGAAGCAGCUGGUCAAGAGGCUCACCUCGUCAGAGGUGCCGGCAGCCACCGAGAGGCUGCUCUUUGAGGGCUCUGUCAGUGGAGAGUCCGAAGGCUGUAGAUCCUUCCUAGAUGGAAGCUUAGAGGAUGCCUUUAAUGGGCUUUUCCUUGCAUUAGAACCACAUAAAGAGCAGUAUAAAGAGUUUCAGGAUCUGAACCAAGAAGUCAUGCACUUGGAUGACAUUCUAAAAUGCAAGCCAGCAGUAAGCCGAAGCAGGUCUUCCAGUUUAAGUCUUACAGUUGAAAGUGCUUUAGAAAGCUUUGAUUUUCUGAACACCUCUGAUUUUGACGAGGAGGAGGAGGAUGGUGAUGAGGUUUGUAACGUUGGAGGAGGUGCUGACUCAGUAUUUUCAGACACUGAGACUGAGAAAAAUAGUUACAGAUCAGUACACCCGGAAGCCAGGGGGCACCUCAGCGAAGCCCUGACUGAGGACACGGGAGUCGGGACUAGUGUGGCAGGAAGCCCCCUCCCAUUGACCACGGGAAAUGAAAGCCUGGACCUCAGCAUCAUCAGGCACCUCCAGUACUGCACCCAACUCGUCCAGCAAAUUGUUUUCUCAAGCAAAACCCCAUUUGUGGCCAGAAACCUCUUAGAGAAGCUUUCUAGGCAAAUCCAAGUGAUGGAGAAGCUCUCGGCCGUCAGUGAUGAGAACAUAGGAAACAUCAGUUCUGUCAUCGAAGCCAUACCGGAAUUUCACAAAAAGCUGUCUUUGCUGUCAUUCUGGACCAAGUGCUGCAGCCCGGCUGGCGUCUACCACAGCUCAGCGGACAGAGUGAUUAAGCAGCUAGAAGCCAGCUUUGCCAGAACUGUCAACAGAGACUAUCCCGGACUUGCAGACCCAGUGUUUCGCACACUGGUAUCCCAAAUCCUGGACCGGGCUGAGCCCCUGCUAACCUCCAGCCUCUCCUCCGAAGUCAUCACUGUUUUCCAGUAUUACAGUUACUUUACGAGCCACGGUGUGAGUGACCUAGAGAGUUAUCUGAACCAGCUGGCCAAGCAAGUUUCCAUGGUUCAGACUCUGCAGUCACUGAGAGAUGAAAAACUGCUACAGGUCAUGAGUGACCUUGCACCCAGCAGCCUCCUGGCCCAGCAGGAAAUACUCAGGACCCUGGCUCUGCUCUUAACUGGGGAUGACAGUGGAGUUAGUGAAGCUGUGAUGCUUUACUUGGCAGCAGCCUCCAGAAACGAGCAUUUCAGGGAAAAGGCCCUGCUCUAUUACUGUGAAGCCCUAACAAAGACUGACCUCUGGCUCCAGAAGGGAGCUUGCCUGGCCCUGAAAAGCCUGAAGGCUACUGAAAGCAUUAAAAUGCUGGUGACAUUGUGUCAAUCUGAUACUGAAGAAAUCAGAAAUGUGGCCUCAGAAACUCUCUUAUCUCUUGGAGAAGAUGGGCGGCUGGCAUAUGAACAGUUGGACAAAUUUCCUCGAGACUGUGUUAAAGUUGGAGGUCGUCAUGCAAGUGAAGUUGCCACGGCCUUUUAAUUACAAGUUAACUCUGCCUAACAGCUGUCUUAAUAAAUGGCCCUGUUAAUCAA